UUCUUCGGAGUACUGAAACUUUUUCCCUGCACUUCCCACUUUUCUAAGUGUGACACCCAUGGAGCAAAAAGACCAUUUGAUAGUACCACCAGCUUCUAGCUAAAGGCUUCGAUGCCCUGUUCCAGGCUCCAAAUUCGAAAAUAAAAUGGCUUGUUUUCGCUACUGUCUGAGACAUUCUUGGCCAAAACAAGAAAAGCAGAUUUUUACAUGUUUUCUUUACUGACCGCAGUUAUCUAUGUCCUUUUCAUUUCCUUAAAUAUUGAGAGCCAGCUACACCGCUCUUUCUGCUGACACUCCAGAGUUUUAAGAAGCAUUCUCUCUUUGACGUUAUCCACCCUUUCUGCGGAAGCUAUUCGUGUAUUGCUCGCUGGUUCACAGAGCCGGUGAGACUUCUUCGUCUUUGUGCUGCAUCGUAUUCAUCGUCAUUACGAGCGAGGGAGCCACGACCAGUGUCCCUUUCCCCAUUGCAGAAGACAGACAGGCAGUCCAACGGGGUAGCUCUUAAUGCAUUAACUCCAUCAUAUCCCCACCAUGGACUGACAGAGUGAGAAUUCCAGGAUUUCAUAUUUUUCCUACUUCUUGCUUCUUGUUUCUUCCUUUUGAGAAACAUUCUGCGCAUUUUUCUUGAACUGAACCCACCAAGUUGAUGCCGGUCCAUGUUUGGCGCUGAUGGGUAAGCAAACACAACUCGUCGCUUUGGUGGCUUUUGUUUUGCUAUCUUAGCUUCUUUGGCUUUGGAAUCUUGUUCAGUGAAGUGGGUUGUGGACAUUACUUCCCUUAGAAAGGAGAGAUCUUUCAUGGGUUUUCGCAACUUCUUGUCCUCGUUCUGCUUCGCUUUCGCAUGGAGCAUGCUUAUUGCACACACACACCAACUCCAGUCGUCGCAGACCCAAGUGCUGCUUCAGCUUAGAAAGCAGUUAGAGUAUCCGCCGCAGCUAGAGAUUUGGAACGUUCAUGGAGUGGAUUUUUGCUCGCUCCCUCCUUCCCCAACUGUUAACACCACGUGCGAGAACAACUUCAUAACCGAGCUCAAGUUAGCCGGCAAUAAGGUGCUCAAAGGGGGUUACUUUGAAGGGUUUGCAGUACCGAAUAAGAGCUUGUCGCAGAACUUCUCCAUGGAUUCUUUUGUGAGCACUCUGGCAAGGUUGACCAGCCUCAAAGUUGUUCAUUUGGUGUCUUUGGGCAUGUGGGGUCCUCUUCCUGACAAAAUUCAUCGUUUGUCUUCGCUUGAACAUCUGGAUUUUAGCUCCAAUUUUCUCUACGGUUCGGUUCCUCCAAGGAUUUCAGCUAUGGUGAGGCUUCAAACUCUGGUGCUGGAUGAUAAUUUCUUUAAUGGCACUGUGCCCAAUUGGUUUGAUGCACUGCAAAAUUUGACAGUUUUGAGCUUGAGGAACAACCGGCUGGGAGGUGAAUUCCCAUCUUCAGUGAACAGUGUCAACACUCUGAGUGAAGUUAUUCUGUCUGGGAACGAAAUAGAUGGGAAAUUGCCGGACCUUAGCAGAUUGAGAAAUCUACAUGUUCUGAAUUUAAGUGGAAACAAGCUUAGUUCUAGCUUGCCUGCAUUGCCGAAAGGACUGGUCAUGGCCUUCCUCAAUAAGAACUCCUUUUCUGGCCAAGUGCCAAAGGAAUAUAGCCAACUGAAUCACCUUCAAUAUCUUGAUGUUUCUUACAACAUUCUAACAGGAGUGCCUCCAAGUGGACUCUUCUCUCUGCCAAACAUCAGUUAUCUGAGUUUCGCAUCGAAUAUGUUGAGUGGGUCGCUUCCGCAUGAUGUGGACUGCAGCAGUAAGCUGGGUUUUGUUGAUUUAUCCAACAAUAGAUUAAGAGGCAGCUUGCCUACUUGUCUAAAUUCCAAAUCAGGUGAGCUAAUUGUUCAUUCAGGUGGGAAUUGCUUAUCUGUAAACUCACAGCAUCAGCAUGCACAAUCUUAUUGCUUGGAAAUUCGUGAGGAAAAAUCUGGCUCUGGAGGGAAAAAUGUGGGAGACGUGGGUGUGAUUGGAGGAGGUGUGGUAGCUUUGGUGGUUCUGGCUUCUGCCUUUCUCAUUCUAGUCAAAAGAUACUGUUCUCGAGGAAUGUCGGAGCAACAUUUGCUACACAAACCAGGUCUAAAUAACUCAGAUGUUGGAUUCUCGUCUGAGAUCUUGACGAGCGCAAGGUUCAUAUCUGAAGCUGCAAAGAUCAAUGCGCAAAGUCUCCCACCAUGUCGCUCAUUCUCUUUUGAGGAGCUGAAAGUAGCUUCAAACAACUUCAAUGAAACUUCUCUUUUGGGUGAAGGUUCUUAUGGGAAGCUUUACAGAGGACGACUAGAUAACGGGAUGCAAAUUGCUAUAAGAUGUUUACCUUCAAAAAAAUAUUCAAUCCGCAAUCUGAGGCUUAGAUUGGAUUUGCUAGCAAAGCUUCAGCAUCCACAUUUGGUAUGCCUACUGGGCCACUGUAUUGACGGAGGUGUAAGACAUGAUCCAAGGAUUGACAAAGUCUUUCUUAUAUUUGAAUAUGUGCCAGACGGCAAUUUCCAGGCUCUUCUCUCUGGGAACAAUCCUGCGAAGGUUCUUAGCUGGUCGAAGAGGUUGGCAGCAUUGAUUGGCGUGGCCAGAGCCGUGCACUUUCUGCAUACUGGAAUAAUUCCUGGUUUCUUCAACAACAGAUUGAAGACAAAUAAUAUUUUGUUCAAUGAGCAUGGAAUGGCGAAGUUGAGUGACUAUGGGUUAUCUGUAAUCUCAGGAAAAAUUGAUAAGGAUGAGGGGGAAGCAGAAGGCCGUCGAUCAAGUCAAAGGAGAAUUUUUGAGGAUGAUGCCUAUAGCUUUGGAUUCAUCAUAUUGGAGUCUUUCAUUGGACCUUCAAUAGAGAGUAGAAGAGAAGCGUUUCUACUAAAUGAAAUGGCAUUAUUGAACAGCCAGGAUGGCUGGCAGCGUAUGGUGGACCCAUUUAUUCUAACCACUAGCUCACGAGAGUCAUUAUCAAUUGUCAUCUCCAUAGCGAAAAAGUGCAUGUCUUUUGAUGGGAGCCGUCCGUCGUUCGAAGACAUCCUUUGGAACUUACAGUAUGCAGCUCAAGUCCAGGCAACGGCAGAUGAUGAGCAGAAAUAAGGAACUGUGUAAAACCAGCAAGUUGCUCUCAUUGAUGCACAAAGACAAUGCCAUUGGUCCUUGCUUCAACCUCUCUUUGUGUACAAGUUAGCAUACACAGCAUAUCAAUUGGGCCAUGGGGAGGCACGACGCUUGAGUUGAUAUCAAUCGUGGUAGCCCUUGUAUGCAUUGCAUAAUCCAUAAUGGUUAUCCUGCAGAAAGCUGCAACCAGACAGAGAGACAAGGAAGUGCAAGCCACAGAUAAUGGCUUGCACAUUUCUUGCCGAUGCAUUACCUGCAAAGAUCGCCGCAUAAUAAUGAUGGAAUUCAAACCAUGCUCUAUUUGCUGUAGAGUAGUAUGAUCUGAGAUGGAAAUGCUCGCAAUGACAAAACCUAAGUGGAUCAUCUCCCAUUUAUUUGUAUGCUCUUUACCAUGACGUUCGUAAUGCGCAGCUUGAUUAGUCCAACCAAAGCUUUAUGCGAGACUAGAAACCACCUUAUCUGUGAGGUUGAGGCUGUACUGAUGUACUAAUGCAUGGACUAGAUUCCUAGACUAUGCCUGUUUUUCACCAGCAGUCCCUAACGAACUAGUAAGGCCUUAUGGUCACAAAGGUGCUGGUGUGCAUCUGUACCUCGUUUUUAGGAUCAAUUCGAUUUGAAGUUCACCUUCUCGGCUUCA